AUGAAUGUCAAUAUUACGGAUGAGGAAGAACUUAAAUCUAUACUUUGGAGAUUAGAUAAACGACUAAUACCAUUUUUAACGGUACUAUAUGUAUUUUCUUUUCUUAGUCGCAUCAGCAUUGGUAAGGCGUAUGCAGCAACAAAAAUAGGUAAUUAUCAACAGUUAGCUCCUUGGAAAUGGUUAUUCGUUUUGGAAUCUGUACCCGGUGUGAUUAUUGGAAUAACAGCAUAUUUUUUAUUACCAAAAUAUCCAGAAUCUGGCACUUGGCUGUCUCAGUCAGAAAAAGAUACAUUGGCUAAUGUAUUAGAAUAUGAAGGAGGCGAGACUAAUGAACGUCUGUGGCAUGAAGGAGUAUCAUGGGAAGAAAUUAAAUUUGUGUUUACAGACGUAAAAGUUUAUUUAUAUGCGAUUAUUGAGUUCGGAAUAUUGAUAUCGUUCUACAGUCUGAGUCUAUCCCUUACUGGUAUCAUCGAAGGCAUGGGCUUUUCAAAUACUGCUAUUAUUCAAUUGAUGACUGUUCCUCCAUUUGCUAUUGCAUGGAUAUCAUGUGUUGCUAUUUCAUACACAGCUGGUCGAUUAAAAGAACGUGGUUUUUUUACAAGCGCAGCUAUUUUCAUCGGACUUAUUGGUUUUGUUCUCUUAAUUGUAUUAAAACCAUAUGGAUUUUUCCCGCUCUAUCUUGCUAGUACGCUGGCAUGCACAGGUACAUUUACAGCUAUACCUCUAAAUCUGUCAUGGGUAACUAGCAAUAUUAGCGGUCAGACAAAACGCGCCAUCUCACUCAGUACAAUAAUUGGUUUCUCAAAUCUUGCCGGUAUUGUAUCAAGCCAAAUUUAUCGUGAAGACGACCGACCAGAAAUUAUACCAAGUCAUACUACAGGAUAUAUUGUUUGUAUUAGUUUUAUGAGUGUUUCAUUAUUGGUAGCCUUGUUUCUUAAAUAUCAUCUCUCACGAGAAAAUAGAUUGCAGUAA